AUGAAGUGGAAGAAUCUCACGAGGCCGACGCCCAAUGUCCCGCUAGCGCCCGUACCACUUCCUGAGCCUGGGGCUACGCGGGAUGGCGCGGAGAUUGUGAAGCAGUUGACGGGGUUGUCUCGGUCGAGUAUGAGUGGUGACCAGGGUGCGAGACUGGAUCUUGUCAAGAUAAUUGAGCUUGAGGGGGAGUUAUGGGAGCCGGAGGGAAUUGUGAGGCUUGCGGGUAAUGGUAUGGAGGGGAAUGACAGAGAACGGGAUUCAGUGGACGUUGAUAAGGAGGAGAAUGGUGAUGAGGAAAGGUUCUGGGUUUCGGCAGGGGAGUAUACCGUCCCGACGGAGAAGUAUCCUGACGGAAAAUGGAUUGAUGGGACGGAUCGGAGUGCCGGGGCGGGCUUUGCGCAUUUCGUGGUGUUUGACGGGCGCGGAAGACGUGUUGGGGACUGGGUUGUUUCCGAGGAAGGGGACUUGGAGUAUCAUACCGGAGGGAUUGAUUUUGAUGGGCGACAUAUUUGGGCUACGCUCUCGCAGUACCGACCGAAUUCGACGGCAACAGUGGUGAGGGUUAAUCCGGUCAGCGUGGAAAUGGAGAGGGUCUUCCAGGUGGCGGAUCACCAGGGUGGGAUCGUGCAUGAUGUCCACAAUGGGACGUUGACGACAUUGGGGUGGGGUGGGAGAGUUGCGAGGAGAUGGGAUAUCAGCAAGGCCGGGAUGACAUGGGAGGGCGAAACUGGCGGUGGGAUUGGAAAGGGGGAACAGGCUCAACUUGGCAAACGGGGUGAAGUGGAUUACAAUGGGGAAGUCGACGGACAUCAGACAACAAUCGUGAAUCCUUCGCACUGGAUCGAUUACCAAGACUGCAAAUCUCUCGGCAUCGUCGACGGGAGGCAUCUGAUGCUUUGUUCCGGCAUCGCGACGCUGGCGCCGGGGUUGGAGGUGGGUGGGUUGGCGAUUGUUGAAGUGGAGGGGAUGAUUCCUCUGUGGGAGGUGCCGUUCAUGGAAAGAACAGGGGUUGUGCCGUGGACGGGGGAUGAGGACCACAUAGAAGCGAGCAUGAGGAGGAAGAGCGUGUUGAUGACGAAGAACCCGAUGGAUGUUGCUGUCGUUGGGGGACGAGUGAGGCUGUAUUUUGCGCCGGAAGAGGGCAAGAGUAGAAUUUUUGUUUAUGAGUUGUUUUAG